AUGAAGCAAGCUGUUGGAGGCGUCAAGGGCGGCGAGCUUUCCACGUGGGCGGACCUCUACACCGAGGUGUACCAAGACGCGUUCUAUCUGUGGCAAAGGAUCAACAUGUCCGAUCCCGACUAUGCUAACCAGAAGAGGACGUUUUUGGACCACCGGGAGUACAUAGGGUACACCGCGACCGCCGGUGCCAACAUUCGCGAUGUCAUACAAAAGGACCACAUUGACGAUGGGCUCGCCGCGCAGUUUGUGAGGGAAGAUGCUGAUUGUCGGCUGUUUUAUACAAAGGACAUGAUUGUUGAUGUCGAGAAUGUGUGGAAGAAGGCUGUAGACGUUACAUGGGAAGGAGGAAAGUGUGUGAAUGGUGGUCUGUCGAAGAGAGAUGCAUCGAAUGAUAAGAGAGAAAGAAGGAAGACAGCAAGCGCAGGAGCCAAGCCAUCGGUGGGAUUGAAGACAAAAAGGGUGAACGUGGAGGAGGAGACCGUGGAGAAGAAUGCAGCAUGGCGCAUCGUGCAUGGACGGAAAGCCUUCGAGUAA